UUGCCGAUGGAUAGCUAGACCGCUGACAGUAACGCUAGAUGACGAAAACCAUUUUCGCAAAAAAGCAUACAAAAACCCGCAGCUACAAACGUCACAGUGUGAUUUYUAUUUUAAACGCGUACGAYAGCCGAAAGAAAGCUUUUUCUAUCUAACGGCCUUACGUUUGGCGGCGGGUGGCGGUUCCCUUACGCUUUGUGCGCGAGUUGCCUGGAGACGGCGCGGUGGUAAUGUGGCUUAGUAGAGGCUAACGGUUAAAGCCGAAGCAUAUGACCUGACAACAAGUACGACGCAAAACAGCUGAAGCGCAGACACUGCGGCGUGAGCAAAUGCUUUCCUAAUUGUGUACAACCGUGUGUUACUAGCUUGCUGUAUGUGUGCGCUGGCUUGCCAUGCAAUCAUGUUGACACUAAUGACCGCGACGGGUGUACCUGUUGGAGAAAUGUUUUUCUAUCUACUAGUUGAUAUCUAAUGUACAUUUUUUACAAAAGCGAGACCGCACACACACAAACACAAACACACGCUAUCAGAGUAAUUUCUGURAGCAAACGUUCUAUGAUUUGUAUGAAUUUGUACAUAUAUGUGUGACAGUUGCUUUAUAAAUCCACACAUUGUUGCGUCAUCUAUUCGACUGUGGCAUGCAACGCAGGUCAUUAACGCAUAUCUMAGUGUAAAAAAGCAGACGUCGGGAAGGCGAGAAGGCGGGUGUUGCGCGUGACACGAAGUAGCAAAUUAUAAUGAGAAAAUCAUAUCAAAUGAAUUGAAAGAAGUGUGUGCAGAGGAUAGCGAUUUUCCCACAAAUGCAAAUUAACGACAAACAAAAUAUAAUAAAAUAUGAAUAUAUGUAACACACGUGCAACAUUUCRAACACACAUUAAAGCCCACGUAAAKCGAAAAUCUAAUUCCAAAAUAGUUUGUGCAAAAAGUGCUUUCCAACGCCUACAACUAGAGUAGGACUAAGUAGCAACGACGAGUUUCAAAAUAAACAAGUUACUUCGCAUGCAAAUUACAGUUAACAACAACAAACAAUAAUAACGCAGUACAUAUUACAAUAUAUURCCGUUUAUUAUGCAUACAUACGCGCAUGCAUGCAGAUGUGUGAAGCGUUCAUACAAUCGGUUUGUCAAUUAUUUAGUCAAAAUAUAAGCAAAAAAUAUGACAAGCGAAACGUCAAUUAAUGUCAUGCAGCGGCAUCUGCUGACAAUCGAAAAGCUACGCAAUCGUGUACGUCAAAUGUUGAAAUGUGUAAUAAAUUUGCAUAUUGAAUUUUUGGUUCUGGAAUCGAAUGUCAACACAAUGAUGGACGAAGUGAAGAGCUUCAAUGAGGAGCUGCUCGAAGUGCAGCGUUUAGAUGCGCUCAUUAGUGCCUUACGUGAUUAUAGCGGGCCUACAAUAUGUCACGAGUGGCCCUAUCCACUCAUAUUCAAAGGCACCAUUGACGAUGCAGAUGUCGCACAAAUUCUCAAUGCCAGGAAGAAAGUGGACAAAAGUAACAAUAACAAUAUAAAUGAGCGGAAUAUCAAUUGCGAAGUGAGAUGUAAAUCUUCGAUGAACUCUUUAACAAAUCAUCAGCUUAGUGAUGAAGUGACUUAGCAUUUAGUUAGUUAAGAGUGUAAUUUUAUGGUUUAUACGACUCAGGCUCUGAUCACUAAGAGACUAACCUAAUGUAUAAAAGUAUUAAGACAUAUAAAUGUAUAUCGUAUCAGUAAAGCAUAUGAAUAAACAUACAUAGAUAUAGUUUCAAUUUUAAUAACGUACAUAUAAAAUAUAGGUAGGCACAAGCAUAAAGACAACCUUCUUUAAGGUAUCAUAUCAUGUCAAACAUAUUAUGUUUUUAAAACGAAAGAAUUCAAUAUUUAGAGUAGAGUAGUCUGUAUAUACCUACACAUGUAUUUUAAGGUUAGCCAUAUCCACAUUGUACUGUUAAGAAUGUUAAUGAAGUUGUGCCACUGAAUGAAAAUAUAUGUAUUGAGAUUAUUUUACUAGUAAAUAUGGACUGUGCGAAAUUCGACACUUCAA